AUAUGGUACCUGUGGGAGGUAUUCGGUAGGCGGCGCCAGCGCUGUAACAGACAGGCUGCUACAAUGUUACAGCGUCUGUAAUAAUAACACGGAAGUACACAGUCCCUGUGUCUGGGAGGAGAAACAUGGCUACCGCAGUUUAGAGCUGAACUCGUUCACAUGCUGUGCUUAGUGUGAUCAACAACAGCGAGUGUUCAAGACGAUCGCUGAUAGUUCUGUAAAGAUAACAGCAGACUGCGAGGUUUCCAGUAUAGACAGUCUUCCCCAGAGCAUAAGAAAAGCCGCUGUGUUUGUAUUAAUGGAAGAGGCGAGAGUGAGACGCGUCUGUGAAAUGAAAGAAGAGAUGGAUAUCUGCGCAUCCUCCGCGUCUCUCCUUGAGGAAGAACUCGCCUCUGCUAUCGAGCCUGCAGUGAAAGCGGCUGUGCUGAGCGUCAUGUCUGCGUUAGCAAAGUUCGUGGACAGUAAAUGUGCAGUUUUCAAUCUCAGACUGGACGAAAGAGACCAAGAAUUUGAAAGCGUGAGAUUGCGAUUGGAAAUAGCGGAGAACGGGUUGAAAGCCGUAAGCGAACGAGAAUACACGAACACUGCCGAGAAAAACUUCACCCAAUCUCUCACAAACACUGAAACACAAUACCACGGGAGCGACAGUAUUAUUGCUCAGGGGCUGCCGGCGCGGGAUUUCUCCACUCUUCCAGUUCAGCCAGUCAGGGAUCCGGUGCCUGCAGUCCACACCGCACUGAAAAACUCCCGGGUUUUAAUCCAGGAGGAUGGAAGCUAUUCCGAGCAGGACCUGCUGAUGCGAGGUGAUGACUCUGAACAGAGAGACCACACAAGCACAGCGGGGUGGAGAAGAGCACUGAAAGGUCCUGCAGAGAGAAAUGCUCUCCCUCAUGCUGAGGAAGGGUUGAAGGCAGAAUCAGUUCCCAUUCAAGAGGAGCUCUUUGACCAGGAAUGGUGCAGGAGUCCAGAGCAGGAUACAGAGCUGACAUCUAUUGAAGGGGAGGAGCAGAAACCUGCACUAGAUCCUGUCCACAUUAAUGAAGAGAUCCCUGGAAUUGAACCGGUCAUCAUUAAAGAGGAGGUUCUUGAACUUGAAUCUGACCCCAUUGAAGAGGGGGGUUCUGACCACUUUGAAAGACGACAGCAAAUUCAUACAGGAGAGAAACUGCAUGUCUGCACUGUAUAUGGGAAGAGUCUCAGUACAUCUACAGAGCUGAAAAGACACCAUCGAAUUCACACAGGAGAAAGACCGUACUGCUGCACUGAAUGUGGAAAGAGUUUCAAUACCUCUACAGAUCUGAAAAGACACCGUCGCUUUCACACAGGAGAGAAGUUACACCAUCUUAAAACACACCAGCAAAUUCACUAUGGAAAGAAGCUGUAUCACUAUAAUGGAGGUGAGAAGAGUUUCUCUCAGUUAGGAACCCUUACAUUGCAUCAGCGAAUGCACACAGGAGGGAAGCUGUAUCGCUGCACUGACUGCGCAAAGGAUUUCAAUACAGCAGAAGAACUCAAGAUACACCAGAGAUCUCACACAGGAGAGAAACCGUAUCGCUGCACCGAGUGUGAGAAGCGUUUCAAACAACUAUCCCACCUUAAAGCCCACCAGCGAAUUCACACAGGAGAGAAACAGUAUCAUUGUGAUGACUGUGGGAAGAGUUUCAUUGUGUCUGCAGACCUGAAAAGACACCAGCGAAUUCACACAGGAGAGAAGCCGUAUAGCUGCACAGAGUGUGAGAAGAGUUUCAAACAAAUAUCCCACCUUAAAUCCCACCAGCGAAUUCACACAGGAGAAAAGCCAUAUAGCUGUGAUUACUGUGGGAAGAGAUUCACUCGGGCAGGAAAUCUGAUGUUACACCUUCGGGUUCACACAGGGGAGCAGUCGACUCACUGCGCUCAAUAAGAGAGAUGUUAUUUUUCACUCCCAGUUGUAAAAGCUCACAGUAUCCAGACACUUCACUAGGAACAGUAGCACUGUGCCUCCAUCACAAGAUGACUCAGUCUAGUGGAAGCGGAGAGUAUGUAAGACCCUGAGAUGCAACUGGACUUUUAGAUCCCUUUGUCAAAAUGAUCUUGUCUUCUGAUCCCUGAUUGUCUGAUAUAUAUAUAUAAUUAUUGGUAUUCCUAAAUAAAUAGCUUAUCAUCUCCUUGUGUUAAAUUGGCAAAGGUUUUAAUGUUCAAGCAAUCUCACAAGUGCUGUGGUGCCCCAUUUUGUUUUGGAAUGUAUAAUGACUUGCGGUAGUGUAUUUAUGACCUAGUUUCUCACACUCUUGCCCCUUGCUCACUAAAUAUCUUGGUAUCCCUGAAUAGAUCAUUACUAGCAAUGCAGAAUGACUGUGUGGGACAAUUGUUUUCCAUUUUACCCCAAAACAUGUUUCUGUAAUGAUGACAGCCAAGAAUACCAUCUUGCAGAACUCCUUACAAUGAAGAAAUUGUUAUUUGCCAUCACUGUAUAAUGUAUUUAAAUACAGAUAUUGCAACCCCCUGGAUUAUGUUGUUGUCGAUUCACUGAUAUGUACCACAUAUACCUCUGCAUGGCAUGCUGGUGACUCUUCAUAUAACAGGGAUUGAACUUUUUAUAUUCCCAAUCUCUACCUCCCUUUAAAUGUUAAUUAGUAUUUAAGCUGCCUCUGCAUCCUAAUAAAUACAUUUUAAAAAAUACUAGAGACUGGGUAUAACUUUUUUUCUGCAAACCAAAGGGGAUUUUAAGUAUGGACUUGCUAUCAGUGUGCGCUCUGUACUGCGUGUUGCAUGCUGAAAAGAAAAUCUGUCGAGAGCUGUGAGACGAGUGAAAAUAACAACAGCACAAUGAGAAACUAGGCGACUGUGAGAAUGAAAAGCAAUUGGGAUCAGAGAUAAGAAAUUAA